AUGAACAAUAGGAACGACAACAAUCUACACUCUGAAAUUGCAGAAGCAGCGAUUGCUGAUUUCAAUGAAAUAUUUAGCAUUGGAAGAGAAUUUGACUCCAUCAGCCAUAUACGGGAAAUGUUACAAGAAUACGGCAAAAAAUACAGCGUCGCAUUCAUAACGAAAAAUUCAAAGAGAAGUGAUCUAAAAAUUAUUUGCAAACAUACUGGAAAAUAUCGAGAAAAAGAUAAGAGAAGAAAAGAUAGUGCCGGUGCUUUUGCAAGUUUGUCUGCUACUGCUGUUGCUACUGCUACUGCUUUUACUUGUCCAUCUUCCUCUUCCUCCUCUGCGUGUUCCUAUAAUACUUCACAAGAAAAUAAAGUAAUUAGAAACGCGUACAGAGGUUUCAAAAGGAUUCCGUGCACAUGCUAUAUCUAUGCCAUAAAAGAUGAUUAUGGCUGGUUGACUAUACAAAGCCGAGAAGCAAGACACAACCACAGAGUCAGACCUCAGAGAAAUAGCAUCAGUAACAGCAAGAGCAAUGGUUAUUUUAAUUACUACCUUACUAAAAAAGAAGGCGAUGAAGAAGAAGAAGAACAACAGCAACAACAACAAAGAGAGGAAGAAGAAGCAAGACAAAUAAAAGAAGAAGACCUCGAAACCAACAGCGUAUCCACAGCCACAACCACAACGACCGUUUAUGCUCCUAUCGGUCAGGCCAAGCAAAAUAGAAGUAGUUGUGCUGGGACCAAUGGACGAGAUAUAAUGGGAGAGCCUACUAGUAAUCAUAUCACAAGUACGGACGGAUUGACAACUCAAUUAAAUGAUUCUCUAGCCAAUGACAUCGAAAAAAUGAAAAUCGGGCACCUAAAAGCAAACAAGUGGUGUGAAAAUACGGAUUGUGAACGAGAAUUAUGCGGGAGAACCGAAAUAUACGAUUAUCGUGGACCCUUAACACCUGACAAUCAUGAUUCCCAGUCUAUGGAAAACGAUAUGGACCAGGAUACAGACAUAAACACUUUUGCGAACAGUGACACAGAAACCGAAACCGAAUUGAAUAGUCUUUCUGAGAUAUCCGAUAACCUGGCAUCAAAGCUGUUGCGUGCAGUGCACAAGAUGCUGGGAUAUUACAAUAGCAUCGACGACCUAAAUGAAAAGAAACGAAUCAUAUACGUUAUCAAUAGUAUCGGAGAUGGUGCGGCCAACCAGUCGAACUUUGAGGAACUAUUCAAGGAAGACGCUGCAGAAUCUUCUAAACAAAAGAACGAAGCCCAAAAGACCAAGAAUCUUGACAGCAAUAGUUCAAAAUUCAGAAAAAGACCAAAAGUCGACAAGUUCGAGGACAAAUUAAGAUCUGCAUAUAUGCAGUUUCAGAAAGACCUUGAUGAAAUUGAGAUCAUUGGAUCAGAGUCUGUCAGAAAUUCGCUGAAAAACCUGGACAUAACGCCUGACCGGUUGACCAAGGUUACCGUUCCAAAGGCGGAUGGAAACUGUGGAUUUAGAGCGGUUGCUAUAGCAAUCUACAACAAUGAAGAAGAAUGGCCCAAGGUGAAGGACAAGAUGCUAAAAAAGUAUCUAGAGUACAGAGACACAUUCUACAAGACACGAAUAGACAGUUCUCAUGAGUCGUUCAGCCGACCUCCCAUGGCCGAAAUCCUGAAGGACAAGAACAGCCCACUUCCGACCAAACACUGGUUCGACACCAUGGACUGUCCGCAGAUUGUGGCCGAUACAUUCAAGUAUGCCGUAGCCCUCUACAAUGAAAAUCAUGUAAAGGAAGGCAACAAUACUCUCUUUCUUCCUUUUAAGUCUCAGCCAAUCCAGCGAGAACCGAUCAUUCUUUAUCUCCAGAACUCACACUUUGUAUUGGUCGAACGUAAACCAAGCACGGCUCGCAUGAGGUGGCCGACUAUCAACCUAUACCACAAGAACAUAGUUUCCCAAAACCACUUUGCAGAUUUUUCUUUAGUCUAUGAUUAA